AUGAUACCAGCUACUCAGUACGACGUCCCGUUCCCAAGAAGAUUAAAAUUUGGGUGUGUUAUAAGACAGAACUGGGAAAUUAUUCCUCUGUUCGUAACAACAGGCGCAGCCUUAGCUUUCAUGUUCUUUUGCAUUGUAUAUGCAUUUCAAAAUAAGGUGGACACUGUGUAUACGUCACGCAGUCGAGAGAACAUUUCUCGCACGAUGGACCUGAGGAACCCUACAGUUCACAAGCUAAUCAUCAUUAAUCAAAAAUACCCGCCAUGGCCCGAGAUGCAGUCAGUGCUUGAUAAGAUGAGGAUGGCAGAGAAACGAGCUUUAAUGCGUUUACAGACAUGCGCUCAUCCAUAG